UAUCACGCCUCACUCCCACACUUCACCAUGCCUCCGAAUCAGCGACUACCACCAUGGUGAACCUGAAGAAAGAAUCUCUCGCCCCCUCCGUAAUGCCUGCCCAAAAGAAGGAAACAUUUGGGAACCUCGCGCCUUGGAGCGAACCUGCUUGGUACAGCUCCCUCGUCUCGCCCUACUACAAUGACUCGCACAAGAGAUUGCGGGAUGCAAUUCGUGCCUAUAUCGAUGAGGAUGUUAAGCCAUAUAUGCUGGAGUGGGAAGAGAAAGGUGAAGCUCCUGAUGCAGCGCGACUAAAGUAUGCGAGGUCUGGGUUUGCCUUUGCGGAUGUACCCGAGCAGUAUCGACCAAAGGAUAUCCCUGGCCCGGCGGGCAUUCCGGUUGCAGAUUUGGAUGUCUUUCAUUUGAUGACAUUGAUGUGCGAGACAAGUAGGGUGGAAGGGGGUGUGAUGACGUCAUUGGGCGGUGGCAGUGUCAUCGGGGUGCCGCCAAUUGUGCAUCAUGGGACUGAGGAACAAAAAAGGAAGUGGCUACCUGGGCUGUUUACUUGGGAGACCAGCUUUUGCUUGGGCAUUACCGAGCCUAGUGGCGGAUCUGAUGUGGCGAACAUCCAAACUACGGCCGAGAAGACGAAGGAUGGCAAGUUCUACGUUGUUAAUGGAUACAAAAAGUGGAUUACUGGUAUGCCAUGGGCAACACACAUGACGACAGCGGUGCGAACAGGUGGGCCUGGCAUGAAAGGGAUUUCUGUCCUAGUCAUUCCCACAAGCUCGAAGGGCUUGAGCUUUCGCCGGAUACCCAACAGUGGGCAGAAAGGCGGAGGUGCGAGCUUUGUGGAAAUGGACGACGUCCACGUUCCCGUGGAAAACCUGGUCGGCAAAGAGAACGAAGGGUUCCGUAUAAUCAUGACCAACUUCAACAAGGAGCGUUUUAUCAUGUCCGUUGGCUGCAACCGCAAGGCACGCACCUGUCUCUCAGAGUCGUUCGCUUACGCACAUAAACGACACACCUUUGGCAAACCUCUCAUCUCGCAUCAGAUCAUCAGUCACAAGUUAGCCACAAUUGGGCGAUACGUUGAAAGUCACUGGGCCUGGCUGGAGCAGCUUGCAUACCACAUUUCGAAGUCACCACUCGGCUGGCAAGAUCCAGAUAUUGCGGGCCAAAUAGCCUUGUCAAAGGUUCAUGGCGGCCGCAUUUUGGAGAUGGCAAAUCGCGAGGCGCAGCAAAUUUUCGGUGGUGCUGGAUAUCAGAAGGGUGGACCUGGAGCUGUGGUUGAGCAGAUGAGUCGCGAUCUGAGGAUGAUGGUCGUUGGCGGUGGAAGCGAGGAAAUUAUCGCUGACCUAGCCGUGAGACAAGAAACCGCUCUUGCGAAAAAGCGCGGUUGGAAGCUAUGAGUUAGAUAAAGGUGGCAGAGCCGCAGCACAGGUGGCACAUCUACGGCCCAAGUGCAUAGCCUUCCUUAACCCAUCUUUUGAAUUUGGGAACAUCAGAAGCACAGACUGCCUAUUCGUCUCUAGUGGAUGUAACUGCAUAUUACAAAUGUCUUGGUAUGCGGAGAAACGAG